GUGAGCGUGAUAAGGUGAUAGGGCGAGUGUGAAUGAGAGAAAUCGUAAAGGUAAAGAGAGAUUUAUCUGAAAGUGAGAGACGAACUGACUGUGACUGACUCAACAUUAUCUCAACAAACGCAUCACUUGAAAAGCCAUAGGAUACUGAAAAAACAGAGAUGAGGGCUAUGGCAGUCACCCUCUGGGCCGUGGCUGCGUUAAUGGAAGUCCAUCAGAGCACCCCCUCCUCCUCAGAAAUCCAUACCAUUAUUGUCAACCUCUCCUCCAAAAACAUAUCCUCUGUUCCCAGAAACCUACCUCCAUGCACCGAAGCCCUGGACCUCUCCCAGAACAACAUACACAAACUUGGCCAUGAGGAUUUCCAAGUCACAACUCACCUGAGAUUCCUCAACUUGUCUUGGAAUGUCUUGGAGGAUAUCGAUCCGGAGACGUUUCAUCCCACUCCGCUCCUGGAGAGUCUGGACCUCUCACACAACCAGCUCCAGAACUUAUCUGAUCAACGGUACUUGCUGUUAGCGCUGAACCUCAGAGACCUAGAUCUGACCUUUAACAUGUUCCACACCAUGACCCUGGGGGUGGAGUUUCACAGCCUGACGAAGCUGGAGAGACUGGGGCUCGGAGCAAAAAUCAUCAGGGUGGAGGAUUUCAUCAACAUCCCUGACGUACACCUGCAAACUUUGACCCUUCGUCUGGAGAAUCUCACAGCCUAUGAGAGCGGCAGCCUGAGUGACGUCCAGGCGGAGAAGGUCAGCAUCGGCCUGACGAACAAACCCACCGAUCGAAAUCUGAUCGCAGACGCCCUGUUGAUGUUCAACGAGGUUGAGCUGAUGGGUAUGAACAUCAGUGGCUACCCCAGUUACCUGGUGGAACUUGUGAAGGAGAGAAGGGCAGUCAACACCACACAUCUUUACCUGACAAAUAUGGCCAUCACCUGGAAGCACCUGACAAACACCAUAAACGCUGUGUUCGAAUCCCCCAUCAUCCACCUGAGCACUUCAGACGUGGCCAUCCACAUUCCACCUUUGAGUGACACCCCAGGAAGAAACACGUCCCACACUAAAUCCUUCUCUGCCAGGCGAGCGGAGGUGGUUAGCUUUUUCUUCUCCCUGGAAGUCCUCUGUAACUUCUUCAUAAACAUGCCGGUGGAGCGCCUGGCGAUGACUGAGACAUCCAUCAUACACAUGACCUGCCCCAAGUCGCCCAGCGGGAUACUGCAGCUAGACUUCUCAGAUUGUGCCUUGACUGAUACGGUCUUCUCCAGAGUAGAACAGCAAAUCAUUGUAGAGUGUACAACCCUGAAUAAAGUAAACACCCUGGUUCUGAGAGGGAACAACCUCAGGUGCCUUCAAACCCUGAGCAAGAGGGUCCAGAACAUGAUCUCUCUGCGUCACCUGGACCUCAGCCUCAACUCGUUGGUUUACAGCGGCCAGGAAUGCCACUGGCCACCGAACAUUAUCCACCUGAACCUAUCUUCCAAUGGGCUGAGUGAGUCGGUAUUUAGCUGCCUGCCGAAUGGCACCGUCAGCCUGGACCUCCAGAACAACCAGAUCUUCACUGUACCAGAGACCCUGCUGGCCCUGGACUCCCUCCUGGCCCUGGACCUGAGUGCCAACCGGCUGAGGGACCUCCCGGUGUGCGCUGGAUUCCCACACCUUAAGUAUCUCCUUCUCAGGGAAAACUCCCUCCAUGCCCCAUCUGUGAGCGUUUUGGAGACUUGCCCUGUUCUACAGGCUCUAGAUGCUAGCCGAAACCCCUUCACCUGUACGUGUGGCCUGAGGGGCUUCAGGGAUCUGGGUGCUGGGACUGGCCUGGGCAGCGGACACCCUGCAAUCCAACUUCUCCACUGGCCAGGAGCCUAUCGCUGCAGCUAUCCCGAAGCCUGGAGGAACUCCACACUGGAGGGCUUCCAGAUCCCUGAGAUCUCUUGCAAUGUCGGCCUGCUGGCAACGGCCAUCUUGUGCCCGGCAGUGGCUGUUAUCAUUGUUAUGGUGACUCUGUGCCACCACCUGGACGUUCCGUGGUACCUGGGCAUGAUCUGGCAGUGGACCCGGGCAAAGCACCGUGCCAGGACCCAGCAGGUCCGGCCAGAGGAAAUGGAGGGGGUUGUGUUCCACGCCUUUGUGUCCUACAGCCAGCAUGAUGCAGACUGGGUCAAGGGUCAGCUCUUGCCUAAUCUGGAAGGCUCCGGCGGGGGCCUCCACAUCUGCCGCCAUGAGAGGGACUUCGUCCCGGGGAAGACRAUCGUGGAGAACAUCAUCCAAUGCGUGGAGAGGAGCCGGCGCUGUGUGUUCGUCCUCUCUCGCCACUUCGUCCGGAGCGAGUGGUGCCACUAUGAGCUGUACUUUGCCAGCCACCAGCGGUUGACCCGAGGGUCUGACAGUGUGAUCCUGGUGCUCCUGGAGCCUCUGCCUCAGUACAUGAUCCCCUCCAAGUACUAUCAGCUAAAGGCCAUGAUGGGCAGACACACCUAUCUGGAGUGGCCCCAGGACAGGGGCAAGCACAGGCUGUUCUGGGCCAAUCUCAGGGCUGCACUGCAGGCUGACCUGCCCACUGCACCUGUACGAGACGACAUGGAUGAGUGAGAGGGAGAGAGAAAAUAAGAUAA